AUGCCACGAAAGAAUGCCAUGCGUGAUAAUGUUUCUGCCGUUCGUUCUCGAUUACCUCAUUUAUCGAAUCUUCCACGUGAAAAAAUUGAACUUGCAUUACUUUAUUAUGAAUCAAAUGUAGAUGAAACAGUCGAAGCAUUUAAAAGAAAUGGAGCAGUUGAAGCUCUAAGUGGUUGGACUGAAAUGAACAAUGGUCGUGGAAAUAAUUCUAUCAAACGUACAAAUAAUAAAAAUAAAUCAUCAUCACAAACGCCUCCGUCCAACGGUAUUUUACGACCAUCACAACGUGUUUCUAAUAUAUUUCAAACAUUUGCUGAAGGUGGAAUACCAACAAUAGCUACAAAUGGAAAUACAAUAUUACCUAAUACAGCAACUUAUUCACCAUCAUCAAUGUCAUCUUCAUCAUUACUUGAACAAUCGAAUAAUUUUCAGUCAUAUCUAUCAACUGAUCUUUCAUUUCAUCCAUAUCUUAGUCAAGAUUCAACAAAUAAUUCUGAAUCGUUAUUAAAUGUUAUUGAAUCAACACAAAAUGAAUAUAAUGAUACAUCGAAUGCAACAACAAAUAGUUCAUCAACAACUGAUGAUAGUAGUCUAUUAACAAAUCAUAUUGAUCAAGAUCAUGAAACAAAUGGUAAAUCAAAACGUCGAAAAAAUACGCGAAAUCGUAAUGGUUCAACAACAUCAGAUCAUGAACAGACUCAUCAAUCAUUAUCGAAUGAUAUGCAACAAACAGAAAAUACUACAACAGUGACAAAACCUUCAUUUACCAGUAAUAAUAGAAAAAUUCUUACAAAAUCUACUAAAGAUCUUCAACGUCAAACAUCUACUUUAACUAAUGUUGAAUUAUCAUUUGAAAAUGAAAUAAAAUCUUCCAUAAAACGUAUUGAUGGUGUAUUUAAACAAAUUCGUGAUAUAAUUCGUGAACGUGAAGUUGAAUUAUAUUUAGAAAUGGAUAAAGUUAAAGAACAAGGUUUAAAUAUAAUUCAUCGUCGACAACAACGUGCAAUUGAAUUACGUCAACGUAUAGAUUCUUGUGAUCGUCUUGAAUCAUUAGAAAUAGAUAAUCUUCGUACGGAUAUCAAACAAUUUGUUACAGAUCGUCGAUAUGAUUUAUGUGAAGAAUUAACAUCAUCACAUCGUUUUGAAUAUGAUCAAAUAUUAAUGGAUGGAUUAAAAAAUUUUGGAACAGUUUUAAGAAUUGAUAGAAAAUAUGAUCGAGCACGAACAUUAUCAACAUCAUCAGCAUUAAUAGAACAAAAUGGUACAACAAACACAAACGAAACAAAUUUACCAGAAAAAUUAAUAGAAAAUAAUCAAAUAUCAUUAACGAAUGGUCAUACAUCAUCUCCUCCUAAUCAUCAACAACCAUUACCACAGAGAAUUAAUAAUAAACAAAAUUUUAAUAGAAAUAAUGCCGGUGAUUAUUCUCAAAACUCUUAUGUUUCACCACAAAAAAAUGGUUAUCAUCAAUAUUAUGAAGAUUCAAAUAAUAGUUAUCAAACUGUAAAUCGUCGCCGACCACCGCCAUCACAACAACAACAGCAGCAGUAUCCUCAAUAUCAGAAUGGAAACACUCGUCGACCACGUGCAAUACCACCAUCGAAUAAUACUAAUACUAAUAAUAAUAAUAAUCGUCGAAAUGGUUUAAAUAACAGUGAAACAACUAAUACAUAUCGUCGUCCUCGACAACAACAACAACAACCACCAGUUCAAACAAUAAUUUCUCCUAUAAGCAAUUAA